AUGUACCUGCUGAGGCAAGGCCGCUGCGACGAGACCAACUUCCGGCAGGUGCUCCAGCUCCUGAGGAUCAUCACCCGCCACGACCUCCUGCCCUAUGUCACGUUGAAGAGGAGGAAGGCUGUCUGUCCGGACCUCGUCGACAAGUACCUCGAAGAGACGUCCAUCCGCUACGUGACGCCGCGGGCUCACAGCAGCGCCGAGCCCGUCCCUGCCCACCAACACAAAGCUGUGCCUGCCCACCACCCUUUGGUCUGCUGCUCCUCCUCGGGCCCCCAGAUCUGUAUGAAGCGGUCUAGCCGGGGGAGAGCCUUCCUCGGGAACCAGCGGAAAAGGAGGAAGUCGGUGACGCCGGAUCCGAAGGACAAACAGACGUGCGAUAUCCGCCUGCGGGUGCGAGCGGAGUACUGCCAGCACGAGACGGCUCUGGAGGGCAACGUCUUCUCCAACAAGCAAGACCCGCUGGAGCGCCAGUUUGAGCGCUUCAGCCAGGCCAACACCAUCUUGAAAUCCCGGGACCUGGGCUCCAUCAUCUGUGACAUAAAGUUUUCGGAGCUGACGUACCUGGAUGCCUUCUGGCGUGACUAUAUCAACGGCUCCCUCCUGGAAGCCCUGAAGGGGGUCUUCAUCACGGACUCGCUCAAGCAAGCGGUGGGCCACGAGGCCAUCAAGCUGCUGGUCAACGUGGACGAGGAGGAUUACGAGGUGGGCCGCCAGAAACUUCUAAGGAACUUGAUGCUGCAGACGGCGCCUUGAACCCGGUGGUGGAAUUGUGGGUGGCGUUUUUUGUUUGUUUGUUUUUUCCCCUUCUCUCUCCUGCGACCCCUUCGUCUCUGGCUUUCCUUUGGGCAAAUUAUUUUUUCCCCCAAGCUUUUUUUUUCCUUCAAAAAAAAAAAAAAGGAAAAGGAAAAAAAAUGAUACCGCAAAGGAAUGAAAUCUUGAGUUUAGUCCACGUUCUGCUCGGUGGCUUUAAGACCCUUUUCGUCGCGAGGGUGUCUGC